AUGGAUGACUUCGAAAGCGAUCUCGACAUCUUCGGGCAACAACAAAGCCUGUACAAGCUAUACACACAGCUAUGUCUGUGCUUUCAGAUGAGCGACGAAGGACCUUCACAGGCAGACAUUGUCGCCACGUUGACCAAGGGACUUGAGAGACUGACUGCUAGCUUUCCAUGGGUGGCCGGCCAGGUUGUUCGCCAGAGCACCACCGCUGUAGGUGAUGACACUCCAACACUCUACAAGAUUCGACCCUUUGAGAAGACUCCUCGUCUGGUCGUCAAGGACCUGCGAGAAGGCCAUCCGACAUUGACGAUGGAUACCCUGCGGCAGGCCAACUUCCCAUUCACCCUCCUGGACGAGUCCGUCGUCGCACCGAUCGACACCCUCGCUGCGGGCACCGACGGACCCGCGCCGGUUUUCGCGGUGCAGACCAAUUUCAUCUCGGGCGGCUUGUUGCUCACCUUUGUGACACAGCAUAACACGAUGGACAUGACGGGCAUGGUUGAGAUCAUGCGCCUCCUCUCGAAGGCGUGUCACGAUGGGGAGGUGUUCACCGCCGAGGAAAUCGCCACGGGGAACCUACGCAAUCUCAUCCCGCUCCUGGAUGAGAUUGAUAUUCCGCCAGGGCCGGAUCAGAAUCAGACGGGGAAGCAUUCUGCAGAUCAGGCUGCGUCUGAUGCCGUGGUCGAUAUACCUGCACCACAACCUCUGGCUCAGGCUCAGGCUGAAUCUCGACCUCCUCCACCUCCACCUCCAAAAUGCAGCUGGUCCUACUUUGUAUUCUCUGCCUCGUCGCUCGCCAGCCUGAAAUCGGUCGCACUGCAAUCUCUCACUAACAGUUCAAGCUUCGUCUCGACCGACGACGUCCUAUCCGCCUUCAUCUGGCUGGGUGUGUCCCGGGCCCGUCGUCCUCGCCUAGACCCUCUGCGGGAGGUGACCUUCGCCCGAGCGAUCGAUCCGCGCCGAUACCUAGGCAUUCCCGCCACGUACCCAGGCCUGAUUCAGAACAUGACCUACACGACAUUUCCUCUGGAGGAACUCCUCGACACACACCUGGGCCACAUCGCCUCGAAACUCCGCGAAGCCGUCGACCCCACGACGUCGAACCUGGCGCAUACGACGCGCGUACUAGCCACGCGCCUGCACCGCGCACCAGGGGACACCAGCCUCAACAUCACCGCGCGGCUGGACCCGGUCGCGGACAUCAUGCUGAGUUCCUGGGCCAAAUACGAUUGCUACGACCUGGACUAUAAACUGGGGUUGGGCAGGCCCGAGGCCGUGCGCAGGCCGCGGUUCGUGCCCGUCGAGAGCCUGUUCUAUCUGAUGCCCAAGGCGCCGGACGGGGAGGUCGCAGUCGCGUUGUGUCUGAGGGAGGAUGAUCUGGCGAGGUUGAAGGGGGACGAAGGGUUUAUGCGAUGUGCCGUGUAUGUGGGAUGA